AUGGGGACAACCUUUCAUUCUGGGAGAAAUGAAGAGUCACUAGAGAAUUCAGAGCAGAGCACUGACAGGAAAGACUGCACCAAAGAAAAUUUGGUUCCAAAGAAACCAAAGAAAGUUCAGUUUCACCUUAAAGGAUGUAUAGGAUUCUACAAGUUUGAAAAGUGGUGGAAGAGCGGUUGUGUGAGGGGAAGUAGUCUGUGUGGAGGCCACUACGCUCUCCCCGCAACACCCCGUACUCGCCAAUCAGCCAAGAUUGCAGAGAUUGAAGCUGAGAUGGCUCAGACUCAAAAGAACAAGGCCACAGCACACCACCUAGGGCUGCUUAAGGCUCGCCUUGCUAAGCUUCGUAGAGAGCUCAUUACCCCAAAAGGUGGUGGUGGUGGUGGGCCAGGAGAAGGUUCUGAUGUGGCCAAGACAGGUGAUGCUCGAAUUGGGUUUGUGGGUUUUCCAUCAGUGGGGAAGUCAACACUGCUUAGUAACCUGGCAGGGGUAUAUUCUGAGGUGGCAGCCUAUGAGUUCACUACUCUGACCACUGUGCCUGGUGUCAUCAGAUACAAAGGUGCCAAGAUCCAGCUCCUGGAUCUUCCAGGUAUCAUUGAGGGUGCCAAGGAUGGGAAAGGUAGAGGCCGUCAAGUCAUUGCAGUGGCCCAAACAUGUAACUUGAUCCUGAUUGUUCUGGAUGUCCUGAAACCCUUGGGACACAAAAAGAUAAUUGAAAAUGAGCUGGAAGGCUUUGGCAUUCGCUUGAACAGCAAACCCCCCAACACUGGCUUUAAGAAGAAGGAUAAAGGAGGCAUUAAUCUCAUGGCCACUUGCCCUCAGAGUGAGCUGGAUGCUGAAACUGUGAAGAGCAUUCUGGCUGAAUACAAAAUUCACAAUGUUGAUGUGACACUGCGUAGUGAUGCCACAGCGGAUGACCUCAUCGACAUGGUAGAAGGAAACAGAGUUUAUAUCCCUUGUAUCUAUGUGUUGAAUAACAUUGAUCAGAUCUCCAUUGAGGAAUUGGAUAUCAUCUAUAAGGUGCCUCACUGUGUACCCAUCUCUGCCCAUUACCACUGGAAUUUUGAUGACCUCUUGGAAAAGAUCUGGGACUAUCUGAAACUAGUAAGGAUUUACACCAAACCCAAAGGCCAGUUGCCCGAUUAUACAUCCCCAGUGGUGCUGCCUUACUCUAGGACUAUAUUGGAUGAUUUCUGCAUGAAGAUUCACAAAAAUCUUACCAAAGAAUUUAAAUAUGCUCUGGUCUGGGGUCUGUCUGUGAAACACAAUCCUCAAAAAGUGGGUAAAGAUCAUACAUUGGAGGAUGAGGAUGUCAUUCAGAUUGUGAAGAAGUGA